AUGGAUUACUUUGUGCUGUUCAUAUGGACUCUACCUGUCACUAUCCUGAAAUGCACUUCCCUGCAGUUUUUGACAAUCCUGUGGAUUGGACGAUUAGACAAGAAUUUUCAGCUCUACUGUCUUUACUGUGUGUCAUUUGCUGCAUCGAUAACUGGCGACAGCGGAUUUGGCACCUUAAAUCACGAUUAUGUCUUCAUAACACCCAUCGAGGUGGACUCCUACGGAGCCUACAUUACGCAUGAUAUUUUGCACAGCAGUCGAAAAAGAAGAUCAAUUGGGAAUUCAAAGACUUCUUUACACUACAGAUUUUCAGCAUUUGGACAGGAACUUCACUUGGAGCUGCAGCCUUCAUCUGUUCUGUCGGAGGAUUUUGCUGUGCAAGUUUUUCAUAAAGAUGGAUUUUUAGCAGAUGUUGAGCAGACUGUGGAACGGUGCUUCUAUCAUGGAUUUAUCCGGGGCUAUGAAAACUCCUCUGUAGCCAUAUCUACAUGUGUGGGCAUGUCAGGUUUCUUACGGACACACACAAAUGAAUUUUAUGUAUCACCGUUGCCUCAGCGCCUAGCAGAAGAACACAACUUCACCUCACCAAAAGGACAUCAUCCUCAUGUACUAUACAAAAGAUCAGCUGAGACCAAAAUACACCAAAACAAAGCAGAUGCAAUGAAUUGGACGCAUUCUGGACAGGUUUCAACUCCAAUUGGAAGCAUCCAAAAGCAACAUUUUUGUGGAAGGCCCAAGAGAUAUUCACCCAGGCCACCCAAAAAAGAUAUGUAUAUCAGGCCCGAUGAAUACACAAAUCCACCAAGGUCCAAAAGAUCCGCCGCCAGAUCCCAACAUUCUGAGAGUUUGGUUGUGGAGACACUUGUUGUGGCUGAUAAGAAAAUGGUGGAGAAGCACGGAAGAGACAGUGUUACCACAUACAUUCUAACCAUCAUGAACAUGGUUUCCAGUCUGUUUAAAGAUGGGACUAUUGGCACGGAUAUUAGUAUAGCAGUGGUGAGUCUGCUGCUUUUGGAAGAAGAACCAGCUGGUCUGGUAAUAAAUCAUCACGCAGAUCAAUCGUUAAACAACUUUUGUCAGUGGCAAUCAGCGCUUUCUGGGAAAAAUGGGAAAAGACAUGACCACGCCAUACUUUUAACAGGACUGGAUAUAUGUUCUUGGAAAAACGAACCCUGCGAUACUUUAGGUUUCGCUCCCAUCAAAGGGAUGUGUAGCAAGUAUCGUAGUUGCACGAUUAAUGAAGACACAGGCUUGGGUUUGGCGUUUACAAUCGCUCACGAAUCCGGACACAAUUUUGGAAUGAUUCAUGAUGGAGAAGGUAAUGGAUGCCAGAAGGCGGAGGGCAACAUUAUGUCUCCAACAUUAACAGGAAAAAAUGGUGUCUUCUCCUGGUCUGCUUGCAGUAGACAAUAUCUCAAAGAAUUUCUCAGCACAGCUCAGUCCUCCUGUCUUGUUGAUGAACCUAAACAAAUCGGGCAUUUCAAGUAUCCUGAAAAAUUACCCGGACAAAUAUACGAUGCAGAUACUCAGUGUAAAUGGCAGUUUGGACCAAAGGCCAAGCAGUGCAGCCUGGCAUUUGUAAAGGACAUAUGUAAAUCACUUUGGUGUCACAAAAGUGGUCAUCGGUGUGAAACAAAGUUCAUGCCAGCAGCAGAAGGAACCGUUUGUGGCAUAAAUAUGUGGUGUCGAAGAGGAUUGUGUGUAAGGUUUGGAGACCAUGGCCCACGACCAAUUAAUGGAGGAUGGUCGGACUGGUCAGAGUGGUCGGAUUGCUCUCGGAAAUGUGGUGGAGGUGUUAAGUACCAGGAACGGCACUGUAACAAUCCAAAGCCUCAGUAUGGAGGAAAAUUUUGCCAAGGGUCCGGUCGUAUUUACCAACUCUGCAAUAUUCACGCUUGUCCUCCCAACACCCAUGACUUCCGUGCCCAACAAUGCGCAGAAUACAAUAGCAAACCAUUCCGAGGGUGGUAUUACAAAUGGAAACCAUACACCCGUGUGGAAGAGGAAAAUAUCUGUAAACUGUACUGCACCGCUGAAGAUUUUGAUUUUUUCUUUGCACUGUCCAACAAAGUAAAGGACGGAACACCUUGUUCAGCAACAGGAUAUGACGUCUGUAUCGAUGGCAAUUGUGAGCUUGUAGGGUGUGAUUAUAUACUUGGAUCAAAAGCAACUCUGGAUGCCUGCGGGGUUUGUAAAGGUGAUAAUUCGACAUGUACUUUCUACAGAGGGCAGUAUCUGAACCAUCAUAAAACCAAUGAGUAUUAUUCAGUGGUGAUAGUACCAGCGGGAGCAAGGAGUAUCCAUUUCUAUGAACUAGAGGUUUCAGCCAGCUACCUUGCAGUUCGGAACUUAAAUAAAAAGUAUUAUCUUACUGGAGAUUGGACAAUUGAUUGGCCUGGAAAGUUCUCCUUUGCCGGGACUGUUUUCAAUUAUCAGCGGUCCUUUAUGCAUCCUGAAAGCUUGUAUGCGGUUGGACCAACUAAUGAGACAUUAGUUUUGGAGAUCCUUUAUCAAGGGAAGAAUCCUGGACUUGCGUGGGAGUAUACCCUACCCCUAUCUGAAACCGAAAACCCGCCGGUUAAGAGAACACAGAGCUUUUCUUGGGUCCCUGUGUAUACUGAGUGUUCUGCCACGUGUGGAGGUGGUCAUAUGACUGCAAAGCUGGUAUGUCUACAAGAUCUUCAUGCCCAAGUCAAUUCCAGUCUGUGUGGAGUAUGGAGCAAAGUUCUUCCCGCACCCAAAGUGUGCAAUACUCAGCCGUGCCCAGCAUACUGGUCAGUGGGUACAUGGAGUCCAUGCAGUGCAUCGUGUGGUGGAGGUGAACAGAUUCGUCAGAUUCAGUGUGUACAAAGCACGGCUACGAACACCGAAGAAUUGGUGAGCCACUCGCACUGCCCAGUAAGCACUCCAACUCAAGUGCAGACCUGCAAUAGCCAAGACUGUCCAGCUGAGUGGAGCACGGGACCCUGGUCUCAGUGCUCCAGAAGUUGUAGCAGGGGGGUCAUGAAAAGAGAAGUUUAUUGCAAAAGCAUGAGUUCUGGAAAAUAUAAAGUCCUCCAUGACAGUCAGUGUCACCACGAAGUGAAGCCAGAAACCACUCAGAGCUGUAUGAUAGCUCGAUGCCAAAAGAACGACAAAUUACAGUGGGUGAUAACGCCAUGGACUGAGUGUUCAAUGACAUGUGGUCCUGGUGUGAAAAAGCGAGAACUGAAGUGCGGAGAGAAAGAUAACAACGGAAAACUGAUUACAUAUCCUCAAAAAAGAUGUCGAAGCCUCCAGAAAGUGAACAUAGCGCUAGAGCAGUCAUGCAAUAAUAAACCGUGUCCUGUGUAUACACCACGCAGCGUGCUUAAUGGGUGGCAUGCAUCUCCAUGGCAACAGUGCUCGGUGACGUGCGGCGGAGGUGUUCAAACACGCAACGUACAAUGUCUUCACCAUGGAAGACCUGCAUUGGGAUGUUUGCCUCAUCAAAAACCACCUACUUCACAGGCAUGCAAUACACACUUUUGUUCUUCUUCUGGGACGCAAGAACAUUCGUCUUGCGUUGAUUACUUCAGCUGGUGUUCCCUGGUCCCUCAGCACGGUGUCUGCAAUCACAAAUUUUAUGGAAAACAGUGCUGUAAAUCAUGUACAAAAAAGAAAAACUACGGCGCUCCUCUGACCCUUUAUUGACAGAAUAUUCCUCUAAGUUCUUUUGAUCUACUUGCUGGAGAUUGAAUUGAAUGGCGGAAGUCCACGAACAUAGAUUUUAUCAGAUUUAAUUGAAUGUUUCCACUUGCAUCCGGCUAAUGGAAAUACCAAGUAGUUAAUUUAUAAUGGAAUGGAAUUGCAUUGUGUGGUGUACCUUCAGGGAAACAAACAUUGGUGACCAGCAAAUGCAUCCUUUGAGCCAUCAUGCGAAACGUGCUGGUACAAUGUAGCACUUUUAUCGUUAAGUUAUUACCAUUCUGAAUUUAUUUGAAAGAAAAAUUAAAAUGGAGAUCUUGCAAAUAUUCUAGACUUCUUCUACUCGA